UUUGGACAUGAUAAUUUUAGCUUUCCCAAAUUACUCACCUCAAGCUUCUAACAGAAUACUGCAUUCUUCCCUCACCGCAACCGCAGCAAUCCAGCGGCAACGAUAUUCGAUUCUGGGGUUUACAUCUCCGGCGAUGAUUUUGGCCGAUUCAAGCUAUAAAUGACGGCCAUGGCGGGAAUCAGCGUCCGAGCCUCAAUUCAGCUUCAACAUAGGGUUUUCCCAAUAUCCUGGGUGAAGAAGAGCAGCAUUGUUGCUUGCUUGAAAACCAGAGACUAUAACUCGUCGGGUCCUGUUAGGUACACUCCAAAAAGGUCUUCAAAUGAUCAGAAACCAAGAACACCUCUGGCACCGGAAAUUGUAAAUGGAAGCGAUUUCGGUAGUGGUUUGGAUGAUAAUCCUCGGAGGAUUGAGGUUAAACAUAGGGGUGCAGUACGGAGAAGUAACUUUUAUGAUAGGUUACAUCAUCAAAGGCAGAAUGAGAAGGAAAACAGGUCAAAUGGUCGAAGUAUGCAAGGGUUUGAAGAUGAAUUCGACGACAAUUUGGGCUUUGUUGAUGAUCUCUUGCAAAAGCCUGAGGCAGUAGAUGAGGGGUUAAAGAUUUACAACAAGAAAUGUUAUCAUGGAAACAAUGAUUUACAGGGAAAUAAAAGUAAGCAAGAUGCUGAGAAAUUGGCUAUUGAAUUACUUGCAACAAGAGCCUUCACUGCAGUUGAGCUGAGGAAGAAAUUGCUCGGUAGGAGGUUCUCUUCUGACACAGUGGAAGCAGUGAUCAAUGAUUUCAAGAGCAGGGGGUUGAUCAAUGACGGCCUGUAUGCUGAAGCAUUUUCCCGUUCGAGAUGGUCUUCCUCCAGCUGGGGACCCAGGAAACUCAAGCAGGCACUAGUAAGUAAGGGGAUAGGAGGAGAAGUUGCUCAGAAAGCAAUUAAACUGGUUUUUGAAGAAGGUGAAGAAUCUGGCGAUGGAAUGUCAAGUGUGGGGUUAUCAAAGGUUUCAAUGGAUCAUUUAUUCGUUCAGGCCUCGAAACAGUGGCUACGAGGCCGGGACGCCCCGAAAGAGACUAGAAAAUCAAGAAUAGUUAGGUGGCUUCAAUACCGGGGGUUUGACUGGGGUGUCACUAGAACCAUCCUAAAGAAGUUAGAAACUGAGUACCCUCCUUAGUAAUCUAAUGAAAAGAUUCAAGGAUUUAGAGGCUUUUGAGAUCCCCAUCUUCUUGGGAAGCAUUGAGUUUGGAUGCUGUACCAAUGGGUGCAAAGAGAAGUGUGAAGGAGGGGGAAGUAGAAGGAUAAUGACACCUACUGCAGCAGUGGCACAUUUGAAGAUCUGAUUGUUCUGUUCUGUGGACAAUUAUGCUUUUUUAGUAGAAUUAAUACUUACUUUACUUCUUUUAAUGCAUAUGUGAUUGAGGAGGCCCUGUUUGUAGUAGAUUUUUUGUCAUCCUUAUUUAUAUAAUUGGACUUCUCCUCCUCUUCUUCC